AGGAACACAAUGUAUAGCGAGAUAAGUGCAGACCAUUGGAUGGGCGUUCAUAUAGAGACCAAUAGUGAAGCGUGCAUCAGCCGCGAGACAAAAUCUAUAUUUGCGAAUAUUAUUAAACAACAUAGACAUAGACCUAUUGACGGAUCAUGAUUAUUGACGCAGCUUAAUUAAAGUAUUCUAUAUCGGACCAUGGAAUGUUCUUUGUCACAGACCUCGGGACUAUUGAGGUGCUUCGAUGCAUGAUAUAGUAAUGUUUUCAUGAGUACAGUGUUGUGGAUGGGAUUGUGCUGCAAAAAAUUUAAAGCGUAGGCUAUUGGUUUAUGGAUUCGGGUAUUCACACGGCGAGGCCCCAUGUAACCUGCGACAAAUGUGCUUAUGGUGCAGUAAACUUCGAGUAAAGGAUGGUUAUGAAUGCGCGAAUUAAAUAGUGUCGGUACAUUAAAAUAAUAGAACAAUAAUGGAUGAUUUUUGUUACGUGAUAUAUUGCAUAGUGACUAAGCUUGCGCUGUAAUGCGAAGCUUACAUGGGUUUUGAUAUCGGCGCUGACAAUAUAUUUCUGUGUGUCAACGUAAACAUUUGGAUUAUCUUUGGCUGAACAUAAUAACAGUGAGAGUUGUUAACCAAAGAAUGGUUAGCUUUACAUGGCUUGUCGUUAUUUGGCGCGGGGGAAUUCAUUAAACAGAAUGCCUUCUCUUCGUUUUGCUAAUCUGAACAUUACGUUUUAAUCUUAAAAAGAGGAAAAGUAGUGUGUGUGCGUUUGGGCUUUGCGCUCCCUAGGAAUCCUGUGAUUUGUGUGAUUGGCCAACAUCAACAUGCCCACCUCACGCUCGGGCGCCAGCCCCGUGGAAUACUGGGUGGAUGGAUCGCGCAGAGAUGUCUCCAUGGAAGAGUUCUACACCAUGGGUCCUGAACUGGGAAGGGGGGCUACGUCAGUGGUGUUUCGCACUGAGGAGAAGCAGACACAGAAGCCCUAUGCUGCAAAGGUCCUGAAGAAGACUAUUGACAAGAAAAUAGUGCGGACUGAAAUUGGAGUUCUGCUGCGACUUUCCCACCCAAAUAUUAUCCGCCUGAAGGAGAUCUUUGAGACCGAGACAGACAUCGCCCUCAUCUUGGAGCUGGUGACCGGAGGGGAACUCUUUGACAGGAUUGUGGAGAGAGGGUAUUACAGCGAGAGAGAUGCUGCCCACGUCAUCAAGCAGAUUCUGGAGGCAGUGGCGUAUUUACAUGACAAUGGGGUGGUGCACCGUGACCUGAAACCAGAAAACCUUCUGUAUGCUGACCUCUCUUUGGACGCCCCGCUUAAGAUUGCUGACUUCGGCCUCUCAAAGAUAAUAGAUGAGCAAGUUACCAUGAAGACGGUGUGUGGCACGCCUGGAUACUGCGCUCCAGAGAUCCUCAGAGGCAAUGCCUAUGGUCCUGAAGUGGACAUGUGGUCUGUGGGAGUGAUCCUGUACAUCUUGUUGUGUGGGUUCGAACCAUUCUUCGAUCCGAGGGGAGACCAGUACAUGUACAGCCGCAUCCUAAACUGCGACUAUGAGUUUGUCUCCCCCUGGUGGGACGAGGUCUCCCUCAACGCGAAGGACUUGGUCAGUAAGCUGAUAGUGCAGGACCCCCACAAGAGGCUGACGGUGAAGGAGGCUCUGGAGCACCCCUGGGUACUGGGCAAGGCUGCCCGUUUCUCCCACAUGGACACGACUCAGAGGAAGCUACAGGAGUUCAACGCCCGGCGCAAACUCAAGGCUAUCAUGAAGGCUGUGGUGGCCACCAGCCGUAUGCACGAGGGCUCCCGGCGGCGCACGGACAGCUGCGAUAUGCCCGGCUCUGACAAGACCACCUCCAGGCAGAGCAGCAUGCAGCAGGACCCUCCCCAGGACUCCCUGGAGGGCCAGGCCUGCCAGGGAACGGAAACUUCCCAGACCCAGGAGGACGACCAGUGCCCCCCGCCCCUCCCGCCACGCUGCCCCAUACCCUCCACCACCAACCCUCCUCUACUGGCUGGGGGUCUCUUCCCCUCCCGUCCACCCACCAGGCCCCCGCUAAGGGGAGUUGAUGGGCAGAGACAGAUGUCGGUCAUCCCCAAGACCGCAGUGGUACGGCCUAGGGUGCCCCAGAAGAGCUGCUCCUCGGUGGACUCCACCACCACCAAGCGGGAGCCGUCCUCCCCGGUCUUGAACACUCCCCCGAGCCCCAAAAACCUUGGCAACAGAUUUUCCAUGGGGGUAGAGUCUGGCAGCAAAACGGCACAGUGUCAAUGAGUGAGUGGCAGGUACCAAACAGUACGAGCUCCUCACCUACUGUUGUCCUAAAAUGGCCGACGUCAUUGUGAGAGUCAGGUGAGAUGGUAGAUGACAACAUGGAGGAGGAAGGAUGAGAGGGAGAAUGGAUGUCUAAUCUCGUCAUAUCUGUAUCGGUUUAGACCGGGGACAAACGACUACUAUACUUCCCUUGAUAUUUAUUGUUCCUCUCUGUGCGUAACGAGUUUGGAUACUCAUAACCAAUUUGCAAAUUAACUUGUAACUUUGGUCUAAACCUGGUUUCCAAGUUCCUUUAACCUCUUAAUUUUCAUUGCUUUUCAAGACAAGGCCCCUCUGAACAGGACAAGGCCCCUCUGAACAGGACAAGGCCCCUCUGAACAGGACAAGGCCCCUCUGAACAGGACAAGGCCCCUCUGAACAGGACAAGGCCCCUCUGAACAGGACAAGGCCCCUCUGAACAGGACAAGGCCUCUCUGAACAGGACAAGGCCUCUCUGAACUGGACAAGGCCCCUCUGAACUGGACAAGGCCCCUCUGAACUAUUUUACUUCUAAGGCCACAUACUUUGUAUUCUCUACACCUUUCUACAAUUCAAUGUUGGAAUCUACAGACUUCAUAUGCAAAUCUGUGAAUGCAUACACAUAAUCCUCUCAUUCGGGUAGUAAAGAUAUUGUAUUUGUGAGCUUAUGAAUGUAGUCAAGGUGUAUUGUAAUGUUUAUUUUGCAAUAAUGGUAUUGAUCUAAUAUUUGCACUGUAUACAUUGAUUAAUCUACAUAGAUUACAACAAAAAGCAUUCACACUGCUAAUCGUUUACUAUUUAAGUCAAACUGCACUUUUAUUCCUCUGGAAAUUUACAUGACUGACCAGAAUAGCUUAUUUGUGGCUCAAACCAAUUUCCCCUUCAUUCAUUGGUUGUAAAAAAAUGAUUGGGUAGUUACCCAUCUGCUGAUGGAACGCACAUCAUAUUCACCUCAUCUCUACGACCUCACUGGAGCUACCACUCUACCUCUGUGUGCAGGGACUUCCAACCCAGUAAUGGCAAAACCUGUAAAGAAACUGUUGGACGAGGUGAGGUUAUGAGGCAAAGCACAGCAUUUCUGCAACAGAAUCAUAUUGUAAGUGGCCUGCGAGGCGAACCCUCGUUUUCAUUGGCUAAGGGCUUUUCUCAAUGGAACUCAAAUAACUGAUCAAAUGAGUGUCAUUAAAAUAGUCAAUUUCAAGGGCCAAUCUUCA